AUGAGAGUCCUCACACGCCUGCUCGCCGCACCCGCCACAAUUGGUUCAAAAGCAAGCCUGAACACCGAACCUCUUGCUCUCCUGCCCCCAAUCCCGUUGUACCGCCGUAUCCUUCGAGUCCAUCGCAAAAAGCUCCCAGCAGACAUGCGGUUAUUGGGUGACGAAUAUGUGAAAAGCGAGUUUAGGGCACAUCGCAAUAUUGAUAAUCCUAUUCACAUUGUCGGCUUCUUGACAGAAUGGCAACUCUAUGCUCAGCAAUUGGAAGGCGAUUCUUGGCUGGGAAAUAAAUUGGAUAAGGCGAAGCUUGACAAGAUGAGUGAUCAACAAAUCGGCCAGCUUUACGAACUCAUGCAAGCUAUUCAGAAUAAAUCCGAGGGAAGUGGAGAAAAAGAAUAA